CCAAAAGAACAGCUAUGGGAUGCAUCUGUUCAAAAAAAGUCACAAACUCCUCAAACAAAGUGACAAAAUCCUCAAAAAAAGCCAUAGAAAAGGAUCUUGCUGAGCUGAAGUCCUGUUUGGAGCAAAAAAGCCUCCCAAAUCUAUUAGCUGACACUGAGCAAGAGCAAAAAUUAUUAGAGAAUACGACACUUCAUAUUGCAUUCACAGGGGUUUCAGGGGCUGGGAAAUCAUCCUUUCUGAAUGCCUUCCGGAAUAUCUCAGAUGGUAAAGACGGUUCAGCUAAAACUGGGGUGAAACAGACAACUAUGAAGCCAACGAGCUAUCCUCAUCCUAAAUUCCCAGAUCUGGUACUAUGGGAUCUUCCAGGAAUAGGGACACCUGAAUUUGAACCAAAAGAAUACUUAAAGAAGGUAAAUUUUAGCAGGUAUGACUUCUUUAUCAUCGUCACCUCAGAACGCAUUACUGCACAUGACACCAUGCUGGCCUCAGAAAUUCGAAAGAUGAAUAAGAGGUUUUACUUUGUUCGCACCAAAGUGGAUCAGGCUAUGGAUGCUGAGAGAAGGAAGCCAAACUUUAGUGAGGCACAGACCCUGGAAGAGAUACGUGAAUACUGCCUUUCUGAGUUGAGACAAGAAGGACUUGGCAAGCCAAAGGUUUUUCUCAUAUCCAGCUGGCAUUUGAAUAAGUAUGAUUUCCAUCUCCUACAGAGUACCUUAGCAGAUGACCUGAAUGAUCUCAAGAGGCAUGUUCUGAUUAUGGCGAUGCCAGCUUUCUCAAUAGAACACCUGCAAGAGAAAAGGGCUGCUAUGGAGGCCAUCAUCUGGAAAAGGGCACUUUUGUCUUGUGGCGUUGGGGCGAUUCCAAUCCAAGGUUUUUCUUUUAAUUUUGAUAUCGCCCUGUUGGUAGACACAAUGAAAGAGAUCUGCAAGGCCUUUGGCUUGGAUGAAGAUUCUCUCCGUAACCUUGCAAAACGGUUUGGCAAACCUACUGAUGUUCUGAAAUCUGCUGUCAAAAAGACUCCGAUGGCCAACCAGAUCAACAUGGAAUUUGUGAAGUCUCUGAUAAGCAAAUCAGCA